AUGGAACUGACACCAGGGGCCCAACAGCAAGGUAUAAAUUAUCAAGAGUUGACUUCAGGAUGGCAAGAUGAUGAAUCAAUGAUGUUGGCACCAGAGUCAACUAGGAAGUUCCCAUCAGGACCACUGUUGACUAGUGUCAGAUUUUCAAAUUUGUCUCCAGAAUCACAGCAACAAGGUGUGAAAUCUUUGGAGUUUACUCUAGAGCCAAAGUCGCAAAGCAUAAAACAUGUUAAAUUAUCUUCAGUGUCUCUGCAGGAAGCUAUAAAAUCUGUGGAAUUAGCACCAGGGUCACUGCUUCAAAGAGUGAAAUAUGGGGAGCAAACUCCAAAAACAAAUUAUCAAAUCAUGGAAUCCUCUGAAAUAAUCCCUAGACCAGGGCAUCAGUUUACAAAAUAUGCAGAGAUGAUUCCACAGCCAAUGUAUCAAGUCCCUAAAUCUGCAAAUUUGAUUUCAAUACCAAUUUAUCAUGCCACAGAAUCUUCAGAAAUAGUGCAAGGAUUGGCACAUAAAGGCAUAGAUACUGUAGAGAAAUCUGUGGGGUUGACCCCAAAGAUAACAGGUAGAGCCAUUGAAUCCUUAGGGAUGCUGCUGCAGCCAGAUCUUCAGGUACCAAAAUUUGUUGAUCUGACUCCAAUGGUAAGGGAUCAAGGCUCAAAAUUCUUAGGAUUAACUCCAGAGAAAAGCUACCAAAUCCUAGAAACUAUGGAAUUGCUCUCUCGGCCACGGGCCCAAGUCAAGGAUUUGGGGGAGUUAUAUAUGAAGCCACUGCAGCAAACUGUGGAGUAUGAAGGGAUUACUCCGGAACUCAAGCAUUACUUUACAGAAGCUAUGAGGUUGACCACUGAGGCAAGGAUACAUGCAAAUGAAUUCUUUGGAAUGACCCCAAAGCCAACAAGUCAAGCCACUGGAUUUGCAGAGAGAUCCCCAAGGCUCUGUACUCAAAACUUAGAAUGUGUGGAGGCGAUCUCUGAGAAAAGACUGCAAAGGGAAGAAUCUGUGGUAUUGAUUCCAAAGUCAUUACAUCACGUCCCAGAUUCUGCUUCAGGGAUGAUACCUGGGUUAGGACAUCGAGUUCCUGAAUCUGUGGAGUUGACUUCUGAGUCAGGAGUGCAGGUAGAGAAAACUUUGCAAUUAACCCCCAAACCACAGCAUCAUGUGGUAUCUCCAGGGAUAAUAUUAGGGUUAGGACAUCAAGUCCCAGAAUCUGUAAAUCUGACCUGUAAGCAAUGGCUACAAAGGGAGGAAUCUUUAGAGGUGCCCCUGAAGCAAACAAGUCAAGUUAUAGGACAUGAAGAAUCUGUAGAGCUCACCUCUGAGGCACGGCAGCACAGGGAGGUAUCAAUGGGGCUAACAAAGUCAAAGAAUCAAAGUAUGAAAUCUCCAAGGACAACCCCAGGACCACUGGGUAGAAUUGUAGAAUUUAUGAGGAUUAGUCCAGAGCCACUAGAUCAAGUCACAGAAUCUGCAAGGACACAGCUUCACGUUGCUCAGUCUGAAGAGGUAAUCCUCGUAGAUGUCCCAAAAGUUGUUCAAUCUGUGAAAGUGACCCCUGGACCACCAUUUCAAAUUGUAAAGUCUGUGACAAUACCAAGGCCAACCCCUCAAAUGGUAGAAUAUAUUGAGUUGACUCCAAAACUGCAACAUGUGAGACCUUCAGAGCACCACUCAGGGCCAUGUUUGCAAGAUGCGAAAUCUACGAAAUUAAUCAUAAAGCCAAAACACCAGAUUUUGGAAACAAUGGAGUUGACAGGGUUUCAAAUUGUAAAAACUAUGCUAAUCCCAGGGCCAUCCCUUCAAAUCGUAAAAUCUGAGGAAUUAGCACCAGGACCAAUUCCUCAGGUUGUAGAACCAAUAGGAGUAGCCCUAGAAUCAGGAAUUGAAGCAAUAAAUUGUGUGGAUUUACUUCCAAAGCCACAUCUUCAAGAACUGAUAGUAUCUGCAGAAUUAACUCCAAGGCCAUGUAUUCAAGUGAAAUCUGAAGAAUUAACCUCACCGCAAACAUCUCCAUUUGAGAAACAUACGAUAUUGACUCAUAAACAAGGGCUUCAGGCUGUGAAAUCUACAGUGAUAAAAACGGAGCCUCCUAAAGUUAUGGAAACUAAGGAUUUGAAUCUAGGACAGGUGUGUCAGAAUAGGGACUGUGAGAAGUUAACAUCAGAAGAGUUACAAGUAGGGACUGACUUCUCUAGGUUCCUACAAAGCUCUUCAACCACACUCAUUUCAAGCUCUGUCAGAACAGCAUCUGAAUUAGGAGGACUUUGGGAUUCUGGGAUACAGGAAGUAUACAGAGCUUUGGAUAUAAAAAACCCUGGGACAGAUAUUUUGCAGCCUGAAGAGACCUAUAUAGACCCUACUAUGAUACAAUCUUUAAUUCUUCCCUUGGCCCUUCGUAAUCAAAGCUCUGAUAAGACAGCUAACACUGUGGAAAACCCAUGUCCUGAGAUUCCAGGAGUGGAUGUCAUAUCUAAAGAGACAACUAAGAGGAAGCAAAUGGAGGAGCUAGAGAACUCACUUCAGAGACAUCUACUACAAAGCUGGAGAUCACUAUCUAGGACAUUCCGGGCAGAAUCAGGGGUUCAAAAAGGUCUCAUCAAGUCUUUCCUGGGUAGACAACACAAUGUCUGGGAGAGUCAUGCCUGGAGGCAGCGACUACCAAGAAAAUAUCUCUCUGCUAUGCUAAUGCUGGGUAAUAUUUUAGGGACCACUAUGGAAAGGAAACUUUGUUCUCAAACAUCUUUAGCAGAAAGAGCCACUGCAGAUACCUGUAAAUCUAUUCAGAAUUUAUUUGGGAUUCCAGCUGAACUGAUGGAAGCUUCUCAGAGCCUGCCAGAGAAGGGUCCAGUUACUAUUUCUCAGCCUUCCGUGGUCAAAAACUACAUUCAGAGACAUACUUUUUAUCAUGGUCAUAAGAAAAGAAUGGCCUUAAGGAUAUGGACACGUGGCUCCACAUCUUCCAUAAUACAGCAAUAUUCUGGGACUAGAGUGGGAAUAAAAAAGACAAAUUCAAGGUUCAGUGGUAUAUCCCAAGAAGUCAUUCAGCAUAUGCCUGUCUCAUGUGCAGGGGGCCAGCUUCCUGUCCUGGUAAAGUCAGAGUCUUCCCUCAGCAUAUUUUAUGAUAGAGAAGAUCUUGUUCCAAUGGAAGAAAGUGAGGACUCACAGAGUGAUUCCCGGACAAGGAUUUCUGAGUCCCAACACUCCCUCAAGCCAAAUUAUCUUUCCCAGGCUAAGACUGACUUCUCAGAACAGUUCCAGCUGCUACAAGAUCUGCAGCUAAAAAUAGCAGCAAAACUCUUAAGGAGUCAAAUACCCCCCGAUGUGCCUCCACCUCUAGCUUCAGGUCUAGUCCUAAAAUACCCUAUCUGCCUACAGUGUGGCCGAUGUUCAGGACUUAACUGCCAUCAUAAAUUACAGACCACUUCGGGGCCUUAUCUUCUUAUCUAUCCACAGCUCCAUCUUGUACGCACUCCUGAAGGCCAUGGUGAGAUUCGGUUGCAUCUUGGCUUUAGGCUGCGAAUUGGGAAAAGACCCCAAAUCUCAAAGUAUCAUGAAAGAGAUAGACCCAUCAUAUGGAGAAGCCCUAUAUCACCAUCACGAAGGAAAGCUAAAAUCUAUACUCAAGCUUCCAAGAGUCCUACUUCCACAAUAGAUUUGCAGUCUGGGCCUUCCCAGUCCCCUGCUCCUGUACAAUUCUACAUCAGGCGAGGACAACGCAGCAGCCCUGACCUAGCAGAAAAGACAAAAAUUAGAGCACCUGGGCACUAUGAAUUCACUCAAGUUCACAACCUACCAGAGAGUGACUCUGAAAGCACUCAGAAUGAAAAACGGACUAAAGUGAGAACCAAAAAGACCUCUGAUUCAAAAUAUCCAACGAAGAGAAUCACCAAGGGACUUAGAAAACACAGAAAGUUCUACAAAAACAGCAGAACCACAAUAGAGAGUCCCUCUAGGGAAUUACCAGCCCAUUUAAGAAGGAAGAGGAUUGGAGCAACUCAGACAAGUACUGCCUCUUUAAAAAGACAACCUAAGAAACCUUUCCAGCCCAAGUUCAUGCAACUGCUUUUUCAGAGCCUAAAGCGGGCAUUCCAAACAGCACACAGAGUUAUAGCUUUUGUUGGGCGGAAGCCUGGGGACAGGACAAGGCCAGACAAUUUGUGGGCAAACAAAAACUAUUAUCCAAAACAAAACACCAGGGACUAUUGCUUACCAAGCAGUAUCAAAAGAGAGAAGAGGUCGGCUGACAAGCUAACACCAGCAGGCUCAACCAUUAAGCAGGAGGACAUAUUGUGGGGAGGAACGGGCCAGUGCAGAUCAGCUCAACAGCCAAGAAGAGCUCACUCUUUCCAACCCAGACCUCUUAGAAUGCCCAAGCCUACAGAUUCCCAAAGUGGUACUGCUUUCCAAACUGCCUCGAUGGGGCAGCCUCUGGGAAGUGUUCAAAAGGACAGUAGUAGCAGAUCAAAGAAAAACUUCUAUAGAAAUGAAACCUCCAGCCAGGAGUCUAAGAACUUGUCCACACCAGGAACCAGAGUUCAGGCCCGAGGAAGAAUCCUACCUGGUUCCCCUGUGAAGAGAACCUGGCACCGACACCUUAAAGAGAAACUCACACACAAGGAGCACAACCACCCUAGCUUCUAUAAGGAGAGAACCCCACGCAGUCCUUCCGAGAGAACCCGUCAUAACCCCUCUUGGAGAAACCAUCGCAGUCCCUCUGAGAGAAGCCAACGCAGUCCCUCGGAGAGAAGACAUCACAGUCCCUCUCAGAGGAGCCACCGUAGUCCCUCUCGGAAAAACCAUUCCAGUCCCUCUGAGAGAAGCCGUCGCAGUCUCCCUCGGAGGAAUCACUGCAGUCCCUCCAAGAGGAGCUGUCACAGUCUCUCUGAAAGGGGCCCUCGCAGUCCCUCUCAGAGGAGCCAUCGCAGUCCCUCUCAGAGGGGCCAUCGCAGUCCCUCUCAGAGGGGCCAUCGCAGUCCCUCUGAGAGAAGACAUCACAGUCCCACUCUGGGGAGAAGCCAUCGCAACGCCAGCAGUCCCUCUCAGAGGAGCCAACAUGAUCCCUCUCAGAGAAGACACUGCAGUCCCUCAGAGAGAAGCCAUCACAGUCCCUCUGAGAAGACAUACAUAAACAGUCCCUCUGAGAGAAGACAUCGCAGUCCCUCUCAGAGGAGCCAUCGCAGUCCCUCUCAGAGAAGGUAUCAUAGUCCCUCAGAAAGAAGCCGUAGCAGUCCCUCUGAGAGAAGACAUCGCAGACCCUCUCAGAGGAGCUAUCGCAGUCCCUCUCAGAGGAGACAUUGCAGUCCCUCAGAGAGAAGCCAUCACAGUCCCUCUGAGAGAAGACAUCACAGUCCCUAUGAGAGAAGACAUCGCAUUCCCUCUGAGAGAAGACAUCGCAGUCCCUCUGAGAGAAGCCAUCACAGUCCCUUGGAGAGGAGCCAUCACAGUCUCUCUGAGAGGAGCCAUCGCAGUCUCUCGGAGAGGAGCCAUCGCAGUCCCUCUGAGAGGAGAUCUCACAGGUCCUUUGAGAGGAGCCAUCGUAGGAUUUCGGAGAGAAGUCAAAGUCCCUCAGAGAAGAGCCACCUCAGUCCCUUGGAAAGAAGCCGUUGCAGUCCCUCUGAGAGGAGAGGACACAGUUCCUCUGGGAAAACCUGUCACAGUCCCUCUGAGAGGAGCCAUUGCAAUCCCUCUGGGAUGAGGCAAGGGAGGCCCUCUGAGAGGAGCCAUCGCAGUUCCUGUGAGAGAACCCGUCACAGUCCCUCUGAGAUGAGGCCAGGGAGGCCCUCUGGGAGGAACCAUCGCAGUCCCUCUGAGAGGAGCCGACGCAGUCCCCUUAAGGAGGGACUCAAGUACAGUUCCCCUGGGGAGAGGCCCAGCCAUAGUUUGUCUAGAGAUUUCAAGAAUCAGACAAGUCUCCUCAGCACCACACAUAAAAAUCCCAAAGCAGGACAAGUGUGGAGGCCUGAAGCUACUCGAUGAGGCGAAGCCCGCCCCUAUUAUUCACUGUCCUAAGUCUUCAUCGUGCUGCUCUUUCCAGGCUUCUUUCCUGCUCAGCCACUGCCUCCAAUUCCUGCGCCCUCGGCGUGGAAAGGCUUCCAUGUCUCUCUACCGGGGGAAGGCGUGUGAGAAUGGGUCUGUAAUUUCUCUAAGAUCAAUAAAGGGGCAGUACAUGA